AUGCCUGAUUUCUCUGGUAACAAACUAGUUAAAGUCACAGAGCCACUUGAAGACAAGUCGGUAUUACUUGUCGAGCUUAAUCGAGGCCCUGUGAAUGCAUUUAACCAGCCCUUUUGGGAAGAACUUGGUGCAACCUUCGAUAAAAUUAGUCGCGAUGGGACCAUUCGUUCUGUAGUGUUGUCUUCAGCCAACCCAAAGGUAUUUACGGCUGGACUUGACUUAUCUGACACUGGCUCGUUAACAAACCAAAGCAGUCUCGACCCGGCUCGGCAAGCCGUUAAGUUUCGUGACCACAUCUUACACUUUCAAGCGUGUAUCUCAGCCAUUGAACGAUGCAGCCAACCCGUCAUUGCCGCCGUGAACGGUAUUGCGUAUGGCCUGGCAAUUGAUAUCAUGUGCGCAUGUGACGUACGAUACUCGAGCUCAAGGACCCGAUUCUCUAUAAAAGAAGUUGACGUUGGACUGGCAGCUGAUAUAGGAACACUUUCACGUCUACCGAAAAUUACAGGCAAUGAGUCUCUGCUACGGGAAUUAGCCUUUACUGCUCGAGAAUUUGGAGCUACUGAAGCAGCGCGAUUGGGGAUGAUAUCUCGUAUCAUUGAGGGUGGCAGGAAUGAAGUUACUGGUUCCGCACUGGAGUUGGCACAGGUGAUUGCUACCAAGUCACCGAUCGCAGUUGUAGGGACCAAGAGAUUCCUAUUGCACGCUCGUGACCAUAGCGUUGAGCAAAGCCUCGAGUAUCAAGCCACUUGGAAUAUGGCAAUGCUCCAAUCUUCCGAUACCGUCGAGGCUAUGAAAGCUUUUGCAACUAAGCAGCCCCCUGCAUUCAAACCUCUGCCCAAACUUUAG